AUGUCCGAAUGGUCUCAUAUCCGCUGUAUUUUCGCUGACCCGGGCACCGUUCCACAUAACGCUCUUCCUUUGCCUUCUGCAACCGAUGAGGAGAGGCUCAAUAUGUGUGUAAAAUGCAACCAGUUCAAGCCACCUCGCGCGCACCAUUGCAGCGAGUGUGGUAGGUGCAUUGUGAAAAUGGACCACCAUUGCCCCUGGGUAAACAACUGCGUGGGCGUAGCAAACAUCAAAUUCUUCGUCCUGUUCCUCGUCUACACGUUUCUGUACUGCUCCGUGGGAACAAUGCUGAGCGUUUUUUUCUUCAUUCAUCGAAUGACCGUCGAAUUCGAAGAGUCGUUCCGUAUGAUCGGGAACGGCGUUGUGGUCAUAUUCGGGGGCUUCUUUACGAUCUUCACGUGUACCAUGUUUUGCGAUACGUUUUCAGUGAUUCAGUCCGGAACGACUUCGAUUGACGUGCUGAAGGGCAUUUCGUAUGAAGGAAGCUUGCGAGAAGGACUCAGUGAAACGUUUGGAGGAAAGGGAAAGUUCACGCUGGAUUGGUUGCUUCCCGUUUCGCCGGUUUGGGAGGACGAAGCGGAGGUUUUGGGAUAUCAGAUAGAGCCGAAAGUGGUGGUCGAUGAGUGGGUAACGAGCCAGUAGAGGAGAGGAAAUGGCUAGUUGUGUGAUUGUUAUUU